AUGGAGACCACCGCCGCACUCACUGGAAUUCGACUGAGUUCCUCGAUCUGCCCUUCCCGUCUUUCUUCCCCUUUUCUUUCUCCCGCAUUUCCUCCCAAUCGUUCUCUCUCCCUCAAGCUUCAUAAGCAGUUUCCUUCAACUUCCCACAAUGUUCUCGAAGCUUCCACUCUUCUCAGGCCUUCCGCCUCUGUUUCUCCUACCUACAGUGAGGCGAUUGAGCUGGCUGAUAUAGAUUGGGAUGAUCUUGGAUUUGGUAUUCAAGCUACUGAUUAUAUGUAUUUCUCGAAAUGUGAUCAAGGUGGAAUGUUCUCUAAGGGUGAACUGAAACGAUUUGGGAACAUUGAAUUGAACCCUUCUGCUGGUGUUUUAAACUAUGGGCAGGGACUAUUUGAAGGUUUGAAAGCCUACCGCAAAGAAGAUGGGAAUAUACUACUCUUUCGUCCGGAAGAAAAUGCUUUAAGGAUGAAGAUGGGUGCUGAGCGGAUGUGCAUGCCAUCACCUAGUGUAGAACAGUUUGUGGAAGCUGUGAAAGAUACUGUUUUAGCAAACAAACGCUGGAUACCACCUCAGGGUAAAGGUUCCUUGUAUAUUAGACCUUUGCUAAUGGGAAGUGGAGCGGUACUUGGGCUUGCACCGGCUCCAGAGUACACCUUUUUAAUAUAUGUUUCACCUGUUGGGAACUACUUCAAGGAAGGUUUGUCUCCAAUCAAUCUGAUCGUGGAGAAUGAUCUACAUCGUGCAACUCCUGGUGGUACUGGAGGUGUGAAGACCAUUGGAAACUAUGCUGCGGUUCUUAAGGCACAGUCUGCAGCCAAAGCUAAAGGCUACUCUGAUGUUUUGUACCUUGACUGUGUGCACAAAAGAUACUUGGAGGAGGUUUCUUCCUGUAAUAUAUUUGUUGUUAAGGGUAACGUUAUUUCAACUCCAGCUAUUAAAGGGACUAUCCUGCCUGGCAUUACUCGAAAGAGUAUAAUUGACGUUGCUCAAAGCCAAGGAUUCCAGGUUGAGGAACGACUAGUGUCGGUGGAUGAAUUGGUAGAUGCCGAUGAGGUCUUCUGCACAGGAACAGCUGUGGUUGUAUCACCUGUUGGCAGUGUUACUUAUCUUGGCAAGAAGGUAUCUUAUGGAGAUGGCAUUGGAAAGGUUUCACAGCAACUUUAUAGUGUCCUUACCAGACUACAGAUGGGUCUUGCGGAGGAUACCAUGAAUUGGACUGUUGAGCUAAGAUAA